CUUGGGACAGAAAUCAAAGCAGACGAGAAGGGAAUAGAGGAUUACGAAGGGGAAAUUCUGAGACUAAAGCAGAGGAAAGAAUUCCUAAAGAAGAGGAUCGUUCAGAACCAGGAAUGGGCGGCGCACUACGACAAAGAGUUCGGCCCUUUUGUUGCAAAGUACGACGAGUUUAUGAAGCAGAUGGAUGUUCUCUACAAGAACGCCAAAGUCAAGCAUGCAGAUGGUCUGAAGCUUUUGAUGGAACACUUUGACUACCAUCCUGAGUUCAAGAGGUGGUCAGACACGUUCUCAGCUGUUCCUUUCAAGCCCAUGUAG